GCCCGUGCACCGAUAUGGAGAGACAGCUUAGCUGCAUCUGCAACCACCAACAGAUCCCCCAACCCUGACAGCUGCGCUGAGCUUCCGCUGCGCUACCCUGCACGCUACAACGGCCGCGCAGGCCCCAGGAAUAGUCGUCGUCGGGGACCCACGGGCGCCAGGCUAUAGCCAACAUCUAGGCCCAGUCCCGCAUACAAAACGCGCCGCACCACCGCAUGACGUUACUUGACUUGGUGUACAACCCCGUGCAGGCACACGACCCUCAUUCUUCCGACACACUCACUCCAACACGCUCGCAGCGCCAACAUGGCCGACCGACCCAAGCGCUUGCACACGUCCAACAGCUUCACGCGUCUGGAGUCUACCCAGGCAAAGCAGCCGCCAUCCCGCAGCCGAGCGAGCACGCUUCAGGGUCCACCCAUGCCUGCCAUUCUUGAUCCGCUGAAGCCAGAGGAUGAGGAAGGCCAUGCAGACGGCGAUGUCUUUGCGUCCAAGCAGGACGAGGAGGAGCAAUUGGAACACCAGAUCAACGUGCCCGAAGGCUUCGAAGAGCUGCCGAUAGAGAUUCGCAGCUUGACAGAAAGAUUCCUCGAAUCGCUCUCCGCCAAAGUCCAUCCCAGUCCGCUGUCGGCCGACCGUCUGUCCGACCUGUUCCAGGACUUCUAUUCCCGCGCAUCUACCAAGAUCAACACCCACAUAGCUACUCUUUCGGCCCGUCUCACGAGCGAUACAUACAAGAAGUCGGCCGCUUCCAGUCGGCCAGGCUCGAUACGAUCCGUCAGCGGCGAGAGCGGCGAACAGCAGAUGCUCAGUGCAUCUGAGAUGGCCGACAGAAAGAAAGCCAGAAGGCUGCUAGAGGUCAAGCGGGCCUCGCUCGAGGAGGCCGUAGAGAGGGCUGUUUGCGAGAAGGUUUACGAGCGUAUAUGGCGGCACCGAAGCACAGAUGACGAGGAAAGAGAUCAUAAGCUUCGGUCGCGGACAGCUGCCCUGUCUCUGGUUGGCAUCGGCCUCAAGGAGCUCCUGAUGACAGCCGAAGAGCUGACCGAAGAAGAGCGCCAGAAAACGAAAGAACGGGAAGGCGAGAUAAGAGAGUGGCUGUCGACGGCCCGGGACGACAUACUCUUGAUGAGCCAAGAAAAAUACCCGCUUGGGAAGUUGCGCCAUCUGACUGCUGCACACAAGUCUAUCGUCGAGGCGCUGUCCAAGAUUUUCCCAGCUUCGUCUUCUGCUGACGAGAUCCUGCCUACGCUAAUCUAUACCCUCAUUACUCUGGAGCCGUCGCGGCUCAAUGCGUACAGCGAAUUGAAAUUCAUCCAAAGGUUUCGCGGAACCACACGCAUGGAUGGCGAGACAGCAUACUGCUUGGUCAAUCUUGAGGCGGCGGUGUCUUUCUUGGAAACCGUGGACCUUUCAUCUCUGCGAGCAGAAGAGCCGGGUUCCCACGACAAGACGGGCUCCCGACCAUCAACACCAAAACACGAAAUCACACCUAUGCCGCUUGGAUUGGCACAAGCUCCGGACUUGACCCAGACGCCAGCUACUCCGACUUCAGCUAUAGCUCCAGGACCUCCGAGCCCUGGAACAAAGGCACAGCGACGUUUGAGCAAUCUUAUACAGACGCAGACAAACCGUAUAGAAGCUGCCUCGGACGCUGUCAAAGAGUCGAUCCUCGACUCAGCUGACCAAGCAUUAGGGAGAAUCAACAACACACUUGACACAAGCUUCAAAUUUCUCUUUGGCCGGAUGAGGGAGCACGAUCCCAAUAGUCCUAUCCAAGACCCAGUCGAGCUCCCCAAGACGCUGGAAGAUGCGAGGAAACUAGUCAGUUCGCCAACGCGCAUGGAAACAGAGGACGACGCCGCAAGUGUCAGCGGCGCAAGCUCUACCCACGGCGAAGAGCGUGUCGAAGAGCAAGGCAGACCGGACUUGCAGGCACGCAUGACUGACCUGUUCGGCGGCCGGAAGCAGCUCAGAGAUCGCAGCGUCGACUCAACGCUGUCCGGCGGCAGCGGCAAACGCGUCGCGUUCGAUGCCAAACCGCCGCCGAUAGCUACAAAGAGUGAGGCGACUCCUCCUCAGACGAAUACGUCUGCUGUCGACUCCAUUCGCAAUAUGGGCAAUAGUUUGAACCCGCUUAACCGCUUCGCAAGCAUUAAUGUGCUUCCGAGAUUCGGUCGCACCGUUAGCCAGAGUACCACCCCAGGUGGAGGAACACCGACCACCGAGCCGAACAAACAGCUACCCACGCUGGCGAAUCUGGCUAGGUCGCCGUCCAACGAGCCUACGCAGGUGGAUGACAAGGGUGCACGGGCAGUCGCAGCUAUUGACGCGCUGAAGAAGACGACCCCGCCAGUGAAACGCUUUCUGGAGGCGAAGGAUGCACAAGAUCUGAAGUUGAAGGAGGUGGACGAGCUGCUGAAGGAGUAUCAGAGGUUGGCUGCGGCGCUGAGGGGUACCAUCAACUAUUAGGCUAGCAGGCGGGUGUUGCAUGGCGUGGGAGGGUCUAUCUAGACAAAUUUUGGGCAUGUACUGAGCACUUGUAUUUUGUGUAGUUUAGCAUGGCGUUGCAAGAGUGGAAGUCAGAUCUGGUUCGAUGAUACGGUUUUCUUGAUUGCUGUUGUGUGGUGUGAAGCAAAGUGGCUCUGUAAAACCAUGGCUAGAGCGUAACAAAAACGAUGGCAGAAAC